AUGGCUCUUUAUGAUGAGGAUCUCCUGAAAAACCCUUUCUACCUGGCCCUUCAAAAGUGGCGUCCUGACUUGUGCAACAAGGUGGCCCAACUUCAUGGCAUUGUCUUAGUACCCUGCAAAGGAAGCCUAACAAGCAAUGUUCAGUCUACUUGUCAGUUUGAGUCCUAUAUUUUGAAACCAGUGGAAGAACACUUUCAGACCUUAAAUGGAAAGGAUGUCUUUAUACAAGGAAACAGGAUUAAAUUAGGAACUGGUUUCGCCUGUCUUCUCUCAGUGCCCAUUCUCUUUGAAGAAACUUUCUACAAUGAAAAAGAAGAAAGUUUCAGCCUGCUGUGUAUAGCCCAUCCUUUGGAGAAGAGAGAGAGUUCAGAAGAGCCUUCAACACCCUCAGAUACCUUUUCCUUGAAAACCAUCGAAGAUGUGAGAGAGUUUUUGGGAAGACACUCGGAGAGAUUUGACAAGAACAUUGCCUCUUUCCAGCGAACAUUCAGGGAAUGUGAAAGGAAGAGCCUCCGUCAUCACAUAGACGCGGUGUAUGCGCUCUACACCAAAUGCCUCCAGCACCUUCUGAGGGACUCUCACCUGAAGAUGCUUGCCAGGCAUGAGGCACAGAUGAACCUGAUGAAGCAGGCAGUAGAGAUGUACGUCCAACACGAUAUUUAUGAUCUGAUCUUUAAAUAUGUGGGGACGAUGGAGGCAAGUGAGGAUGCUGCCUUUAACAAAAUCACAAGAAGCCUUCAAGAUCUUCAGCAGAAAGAUAUUGGUGUGAAACCUGAGUUCAGCUUCAACAUACCUCGUGCAAAGAGAGAACUGGCCCAGCUGAACAAAUGUACCUCCCCACAGCAGAAGUUGGUUUGUUUGCGAAAGGUGGUGCAGCUAAUUACACAGUCUCCUAGCCAGAGAGUUAACUUGGAGACUAUGUGUGCUGAUGAUCUGCUAUCGGUCCUGUUAUACUUGCUUGUGAAAACAGAGAUACCUAAUUGGAUGGCAAAUUUGAGUUAUAUCAAAAACUUCAGAUUUAGCAACUCGACAAAAGAUGAAUUGGGAUACUGCCUGACCUCAAUUGAAGCUGCAAUUGAAUAUAUUCGGCAAGGAAGCCUCUCUGUUAAACCGCUGGAGUCUGAGGGAUUUGGUGACAGACUGUUCCUUAAGCAGAGAAUGAGCUUACUGUCUCAGAUGACUUCAACUCCCAUUGACUGCCUGUUUGAGCACAUUGCUUCAGGUAACCAAAAAGAAGUGGAAAGGCUUCUGAGCCAAGAAGACCAAGAUAAAGAUGCCAUCCAAAAGAUGUGCCACCCCCUGUGCUUUUGUGAGGACUGUGAGAAACUGGUCUCUGGGAGGCUGAAUGAUCCUUCAGUUGUCACUCCAUUCUCCAGAGAUGACAGGGGUCAUACACCACUCCAUGUGGCUGCCCUCUGUGGGCAGGCAUCCCUUAUUGACUUCCUGGUUUCCAGAGGCGCUGUGGUGAAUGCCAUGGACUAUCACGGGUCAACUCCACUUCAUCUUGCAUGUCAGAAGGGCUAUCAGAGCGUGACGCUGCUGCUGUUGCACUACAAGGCCAGCACUGAUGUGCAAGACAAUAACGGGAACACCGCCCUCCACCUGGCCUGCACUCACGGCCACGAAGACUGUGUGAAGGCUUUGGUCUACUAUGAUGUGCAAUCAUGCAAACUAGAUAUUGGUAAUGAGAAAGGAGACACCCCCCUACACAUAGCUGCACGCUGGGGUUACCAGGGCAUCAUAGAGACGUUGCUACAAAAUGGAGCAUCCACAGAGAUCCAGAACAGAAUGAAAGAAACGCCCCUCAAGUGUGCAUUAAACCCAAAGAUUCUGUCUAUAAUGGAAGCCCGUCACAUGUCCUUUGAAAGGAGGCAACAGUCUUCAGUGGUCCCUGUGCCACCCCCUCAACACUUCAUGGAUUCCAUCAGUCAUAGGUCCUCUGCCUCCAGCUCUUCCUCUGUGUCUGUCAGUUCCAGACAAAGGGAACCCAAGAAGGACUACAGAGAGGUAGAAAAGCUUUUGAGAGCAGUUGCUGAUGGAGAUUUAGAAAUGGUACGUUACCUUUUGGAGUGGACAGAGGAGGACCUGGAGGAUGCGGAGGAUGCUGUCAGUGCUGCAGAUCUUGAAUUUUGUCACCCCUUGUGCCAAUGCCCAAAAUGUGCUCCAGCUCAAAAGAAGCUGGCAAAGAUUCCCGCCAGUGGGCUGGGUGUGAAUGUGACCCACCAGGACGGCUCCUCCCCAUUGCACAUUGCUGCCCUGCAUGGCCGGGCGGACCUCAUCCCCCUCCUUCUGAAGCAUGGUGCCAAUGUGGGUGCCAGGAACGCCAACCAAGCUGUCCCACUUCACUUGGCCUGCCAGCAAGGCCACUUUCAGGUGGUGAAGUAUCUAUUGGACUCCAAUGCAAAACCCAAUAAAAAGGAUGUAAGUGGAAGCACACCCCUCAUUUACGCCUGUGCCAGCGGACACCAUGAAGUUGCAGCGCUGUUGCUACAGAAUUCAAAAAUAAUGGAAUUACUUCAGGUAGUACCAAGCUGUGUGGCCACGUUAGAUGAAGUUGGCGAAACGGACCACAAGGAGUACGUUACCGUUAAGAUCAGGAAAAAAUGGAACUCAAAAAUGUAUAAUCUACAAGAUGAACCUUUUACAAGACAGUUUUACUUUGUCCCCUCAGUUGGUCAGUUUAAGGGAAGGACUUCAAGAGAGAUUAUGGCAAGAGAUAAAAGUGUCACUAAUAUCCCUGAAGAGUCUUUACGUGAGCCAGGAAGGCAAAGAGUUGCACAGAAGCAGAACCUAUCAUACCAGAGCACCCUGCAGACUGCUGACAGAGGAGACCGUGACCAGCCUGAGGCCCGGACUGAAACAAGCCGCGCCUGGGAACAGGCGAACGCUCCGGAGACACACUGUCCGGGGCGCAGCUGCUCCGAAGGCCCAGAGACUGCUGACAACCCACCCCCUCCCCACGAGGCUAGUAUUCCCCAGUCUUGA